CAAGAUCUAGAGAGGGAAGUAGUGUCAGUUGCUGUACCCUAACAGGAUGUCGUGUGCCAUCAUGUGUUCAGGAUUGCUGACAGUUCUGCUGACAGUCUUUCUUAUACCAAGUUCAGUUCCAGAGCCCCUUGUCUACAAGGACUGUGGUAGCCAAAGUGGAAAGCUGACCCUUCUUGAUGUGUCUCCUUGCCCAGAACAGCCAUGUCCCCUGAAGCGAGGGGACACAUACACCAUUAAUGCAACAUUUAUAAGCAAUGUAAACAGUAAAAGUGCUACUGCUGUGGUACAUGGAAUCAUUAUGGGUAUUCCUGCCCCCUUCCCAAUCUCAGAACCAGAUGGCUGUAAAACUGGUAUAUCCUGCCCAAUCAACAGUGGGCAGACUUAUACCUACCUCACCAAGUUGCCUAUCAAGAGCGAGUAUCCUUGUAUCAAGCUUGUAGUGAAGUGGCAACUUCAGGAUGAAAAUAAUCAGAAUCUUUUCUGCUGGCUUCUCCCUGUUCAUAUUACGGAUUGAGCUGGGAACUGACACGACUAUACUUCUGCUAAUGCUAUAGAUCCAGCAACCUCAAUUAACAUUGAUGAAAGACUUCCUUCCUCUGUUCUGACUGCUGUGCAGUUAUAACCGUACUCAUUUUACAAUAACAAAGAAUGAAUGAGAUUUCCCCUACCUUGAUUUUUUUUUUUUCUUUUAACAAAAAUGUUUCCAUCCCGUUCAAAUUUGCUAACAUUUUGCAAAGGAAAUCUGUUACUUCUGUGGAAAGCAAAUAAAACAUUGCCUUUAA